UAAGCACGUGAUAAACAACAGGAAUCGAAAAUAACAAGACACUACGCUAUACUAUCACUUUUGCACUAGACAAAUUCAGCAUUAACCAUGCUGCAUAUGAUAUUUACCAAAAUUACAUUUAAAAGUAGGCUAUAAGUCUCAAUCGAUGAAAGAGAAUGAAGAAGUUUUAUUUCGCGCCUCGUCCAUCGUGACUUAUUUGCGAAGUCAGCUGACCAAAUCCAGAGGAAUUGCUGUUAUAACAGUUAUGGACCGAAAGCAUUGACCUUCACACACUAGACUCAUUCCCUGCAGUGAGGAAGCCGGCGCUGGAGAGGACAAUAUGCUGAGGUGGACAAACGGAAAUACGCAUUUUUAGCCGGCUGGGGAUUGACUGUAUAGCGUUAAUCAUGCCGGACUCCUCAGAAACCUCUUUACCCGCUUUCAGGCGUCUGAGUUACUCAGUGGGGCAUUUUCUCAACGAUCUGUGCGCCUCGAUGUGGUUUACAUACCUGCUGGUGUUUUAUCACUCAGUGCUGGGCUUUCAGAACACAUAUGCGGGUGUAUUGCUGUUGGUGGGGCAGAUAGCGGAUGGAGUGUGUACACCGCUCAUCGGUUAUGAGUCUGAUAAGACACCCGGCUGUGGAUCGUAUGGGAAAAGAAAAACAUGGCAUUUAGUCGGGACCUUCAGCGUCCUCCUAUCAUUCCCCUUUAUAUUUAAUCAGUGCCUGGGUUGUAAUCUGAACACUCCACAAUGGGUCAGUCUCACCUACUUCACCCCCUUCAUCGUCAUCUUCCAGUUUGGAUGGGCGGCCACCCAGAUUUCCCAUCUCUCCCUCAUUCCCGAGCUGGCGUCUUGCGAGCAUGAGAAAGUGGAGCUCACUGCGUACAGGUAUGCCUUUACCGUGAUAGCCAACAUCACAGUGUAUGCAGUGGCCUGGCUCCUGUUUCAUUUUCAGACUCAGGAAGGAGAUGAUCCUGCCAUUGCAGACAAUCUUGGCCCUGUUGACAUUCCCGUUUUCAGAAAUCUAGGUCUUAUAGUGGUGGGCAUUGGAGCUCUGUUCUCGCUGCUGUUUCACCUGGGCACACGGGAGAAGGGGGCACGUCCCAGUCAGGAGGAGGAUGGCUCUAGUCCUGGGGAACGCCAGCCACUUCUUCACAACGCCACUGUUGUCCCUCCCACUAAUCCACUGCAGUGGAAACAUUGGCUGAGACAGCCAUCAUUCUACCAGGUGGCUGUGCUUUAUAUGUCCACCAGACUGAUAGUAAACCUGUCACAAACGUACAUUUCCAUGUAUCUCACCUACACACUACUGCUGCCAAAGAAGUACAUAGCCACCAUUCCCCUGGUGAUGUUCCUGAGUGGCUUUGCUUCCUCAUUUAUCAUGAAACCUCUCAGCAAGCUAAUAGGCAAAUGUAUGACUUAUUUUUUGGGACUGUUGCUGAUUCUGGUGUUCUCCUAUUGGGUGCUGGUGGACACACACAUGGGAGAAAAGGUGUAUGGGGCAGCGGUCCUGCUAGGGGUGGGGUCUGGCACCAUCCUGGUGAUGUCACUUGCCAUGACGGCUGAACUCAUAGGAGAUCAGACACAAAGUGGGGCUUUUGUUUAUGGAGCUAUGAGCUUCACAGACAAGGUGGCUAAUGGUCUGGGAGUCAUGAUCAUUCAGGCACUACACCCCUGCCGCACAGUGGUAUGCUGUUCGGCUUGCGUGUGGUAUUACCACUAUGUCAUGGUCAUCGUCACUGGUGGAGUGGCCGUUUUAGCAGCACUAAGCCUCUGCAUGAUCCUUAUCUGGCCUAUAAAGAUUGUGCGCUUGUCUAAGCGAGAUCAUAACAGUUCAAUAAACAGCAAAGACUUUAAGGAUCUGCCUGAGGUGACUGGUCUUAUGGGCAGUGAUAGAGAGGACUCCGAGAGCUCUGAACAGCCUUCAGUCGACUGAACACACAGCAGCCGCAGAGAUUCUUCAGCUCUGAUAACCAGAGAACUCUGGUUUACACAGUGGUGAAGGUUAGAGUUAAAAUCAGGUUUUGGUUCAUAAUAAUCUUUCACACUGGCCAAUAUUUGCUAAUUAAGUCUAUAGAACGGUCACAUCUUGCACGUUUCUACAAUACAGGUUUCAUCUUGUGUUCACUGAGAGCCAAAGAUGUGAGUUUAUUUUUAGACAUGAUUAGUUAAUAUCACUCCUCUUUUAUAUCAUGGUUUAUUAUUUCUUAGCUCUCACUCGACCCAGCAGUCUUUAUAGACACACACUUUAUAAAGGGACUAAUUUUGCUGUUGCACAUUGUCAUGUUUAUCGUUUCAGAAUUUUUUUUGUUUAUGAUUAUAAAUUUAGUUUAGUUAUUUAAAUCAAAUCCAUGAAAAUAAGGGAAUUUAUUUAAAUACCUGCCAUAAAGGCCAAUGCAAGAUGCACAUGUUAUGGUGGAUAAAUUAUUUCAAAUUAAUCCAUCUAACUUUUCUAUAAGGGAAUUCAUGAAAAGGGAAGAAUUAAUAUUUUAAAUCAGGGAUAUAAAGCCAUGUUCAUUUAUUUUGGUGUGAGAUACGUGGGGUUUUGCUGGUAGGGACCAGAGAGCCAAUCAUGUGCAUUUUCCUCUAUAACUACUAGUUUUUUUUUCCUUGUGUAUUUUUUUUUUUUUAUAUAUGUAUAUAUGCAUAAUUAUGGUUUUCAUAUGUAAGACAAUUGUGUCUGACAUGUUUUCUGUUCAUAUCAUUAACUGAACAGAAUAAAUGUUCUUUAUGAACGGACAUUUCUGUAUCUUGAGUUGAUACAUUGUAACCUGUCUUUGUAACUAGUGACUCAUUAGCAGGAGUGCAGUGUCAUUGUGAGUAGAUGUAACAUCUGGACAGCUGAUUUUGCUGAUGCUUAAGACUUUAAAUACUCAAAAUAACUCCUAAAAGCUGUUGCUCAUCUAGCUGAAGUGCAUUCAAUUAUAUUGGAAAUUAAUCUACAAAACCAGGAUGUUUGUAAAAAGACAAUAAUUGUAUUUUAUGAUCUUUGACGUCUUGUUUAAAAUGACUUUUAAAUAAAAGUGGUUAUUUUUUAA